AUGGCUGCAGAGAUUGAGUCAAAGAGUUCCCACCGUGGUCCACCUACAUGUCACCAUGGGCCCUGGUGGAGGAACAUUCAGGAUCUCAUCUGUAGGCUACUUCGCUGUGGUUGUCUGAGAGCAGACAACCAGGACCUGGUACCGGGCCACAAAGGCCAAGGAGGACACAGCGGGGACAGGGAUGCCCAACCAGAGUGGACCAGCUUGGGUGAGGAGGAGGAGGACCAGGAGUUGCAAGGGGAGGGAGAUAUCAGUGAUAUUCACAUUACGGUGGAGGAUCUGGGGUUCGGACAGGAUCUAGGGCUUUUCAACCCAGGCUUCAUUCUUACUGAAGGGGAGGCAAAGAAGGAGGUGAAGGAGCAGGCGGUUGUCCAGGCUCUGUGUGCUCUUGGUCUAUCUGGCGGGUCUGUGUCAGCGUUCUCCUUCACCUCAAGCCCUCUGAAUAAGAAGAAAAGACCACUGAAACCUCUGCCCUCCCUGCCCCUCCAGCCCACCACUGAAAGCUCUCCCUCAAACCUAUCUCGCCAGGAGCAGGAGGACCCAAUCAUGUUCCACUCACCUAGGUACACGGACACAGGUAGCCUCCUCAUCCCGCCGGUCAUCAACCUGAUCCCACCCACUCCGUCUAACGUCAUGGACGAUGCCCAGUUCUUUGACGACACCCUCUCAGAGGAGGGAAGUGUGGGGCACACCUCCGGGCCAGGGAGCGCCGGGAGCAGCUGCGUCGCCAGACAGGAACAGGAGAUGAGCGACCAGGUAGAGGAGAAGGAGAAUGAGAGGAUGGACCAGGGAAGCUUUGACAUAGAGCCGCCAGAGGAGAAGGGGUCCAGAACCGACCCGGAGUCCCAGGAGAGGCAGGCAGCGGGUGGACAACCAGACCCAGAGGUGUCUGGCCCAGCUGCCGCUCAACACGGAGGAAACGAGGUUCGGAACUGGCCUUCGGAGCAGAAAAGAGAGACACCCAAGACCAGCUUCCUCCGCAGUGCAUACCAGGUGGUCCCGCUGCCUGACUGCCCCCGCAAGAGGAGCUUCAACACGGGAAUAAAUCUGCUGUCUUUCACCGAGCAUAACCUAGAUGACUGGAACAACAAGGAUGCCAGUUUCCCUGAGUUACUGAGAGCAGAGCUGCGACUGCUACCUCAGAGCACCAAGAUGGAGGCCUUUGUGUACCAACGGAAACCUGGAGCAGCUCGUUCCUGCAGUCUGGGCGAGUCCACCACAGCGACCGUCCCCAGAAGCCACACCUUUCACUCGUUAUACAAUCCUGAUCAGAACCAGGUUGAGCAAGGGUCACCAAGACAACGACGGAUCACUGUUGCAUCCUGCAUGCCACAGUCCAGAGAUCAGAAUGGAAACUUUUCUGACAAGAACUCAGGCCGGCGGCAGCCCAGCCGUCUGGGAGAGCUGAACACCGAGGAGCUCUGCCAGUGGUUCAACAGUGUUGGUCUUCAGAAAUGCCUUCCUCACAUCAGAGAGGCUGAGCUGUGUGGAGCAGAUAUAGUGUCUAUAGACCUCAGAACUCUGGAGGUCCUUCACAUCUCAGGCCUGGAAGAGCGAGAGCAGCUCCUCUCAGCCAUCUACAGAGAAAUGCAUCCACCCUCCAGUACUUCUCAAACACUGGACUCACUGCUGGAAACCAUCGGUCCUAACAAUGUUGAGAAGUUCACCACAGCCUUGGUGAACAUUACCAAAUCCCAGUCCUCUCCUCAUGUCAGCUGCCUUAACAUGAAUCAAAUAAAUUCUUUCAAGUUCAGAUGUAAAAGCCCAACACCUGUAGUCGGGAGAAACUCUCAGCUAACAGAGAUCACCAUAAACGCAUCAGAGCGGAUUGUCCACCUGCGCACUCCCAGGGACACCCUGGUGGGGAAGGUGAUGGAUUCCUGCCUUAGGACUCUGGGAAUGAUUGAGGAUAAGGACCUCUUCAGCCUCACACAAAAACCAGGUUCUUCAGAGGAGCUGUCACCAGGUCACCAGAUAGCUGACCUAUUUCCCAAGAACAAACAACUAGAGCUGCAUCUGUGCAGGAAGGACAAACCCAAAGACGUAGUCCAGCCCACAGUCCCCGAGGACAACAGUUCCCAGGACAACAGCCCUGCCAAUCAAAGUCUGGAAGUACAGGUGAUCAGCCAGCCUGGCAAAGAGGAGAAGAUCCGGGAGCUCAACCAACAGGUGGAUUCACUGCAAAACGUCAUCCUGCAGGUGCAGGAGAUCCACCACAGCCUGGUUGCGUUCUGCUCCGAGCUGAAGAGCAUGGAUGUUGAGAGGGAUGUCUCGGGGCUGAACCACUCUAAGCUGGAGCAGCAUCUGGAGGUGUCUCUGAUGCAACUCAGGGAGAGGAGACAGAACCUUCAGCGCUUGAAGGAGACUCUGGGAGAGACAGCUGUUCACCGGAACAAGAGAUCAGAAAUUAAUCUCCUGGACAAGAUGAAGCUGAACUGUCAGGUGUUUAAAGAAGAGAUAUCACUGGUUCACCUCAACAGACAGGUGGCUCACCUCCAGACUGCCCUACAGGACAACCAAGACAAGGAUGGAACCCAGGCUCAGAGAAUGUGCUCCACCCUGGGCCAGCUGGUGUCCCUCCAGUGUCCAGCUAUGCUUCUGGCGGUCCAGGAGACCUGUGGUCAGGAUGGCCGAUACGGAUUCACCUGCCGCCUCACCCCUGACAAUGGACUCGUGGUGGUACAUGUGGACAACGCCCAAUCACACCUCUGCCUCCAGGACAGGCUUGUGGAGGUCAAUGGUGUUCCUGUGGUAGGGUUCAGUAAAGAAGAGCUGAGCACCCUCCUCCUCCAGAGAGCCAGUGCUCACAUGGUGGUCCUGAGAAGACCCCCCCCUACCCCCAGCCCUAGACCUAGAAGACCCCCUCCUGUUAGUCCCAUUCAAAGAUCCUCUUCCCUCGUGCAUCUACCCACCCUAGAACACCACAUGGACCACCCAGCCAGGUCCAUCCAUGCCACCUCUGCUGGUCCACCACCCAGCUACCAUCCUCCUCGUCCUCCCUCUCCCAGCUCCUCCUCUUCACAGGAAGAACAACCCUCCCUGGGAGAGCAGCUGGACCACCAGGAGGAGCCCAUUUAUACCACCUCCAUUAGUUCCUGUCACAGAAUACCCCCACCUAGCUACCUUCCCCCCAGUCUCUGUCUCCCCUUCCUGGGCUACCAGGAGAAACGUCCCCCCUUGAGACCCCUUGAGGACCAGCAGGCGGAGCCCAUCUACCAAGAGAUAGAGACCUGCUGUUCCUCCUCAGAGAACAAGACUGUUGGCAGGACUCCACCAGACCAACCCCAGUGUCAGUCUCAAGGCCAUCGACUCCACCUGUCCUGAAUGUGGUGCUUUCACUGCCCCAAGACGCUGAGUCGCUCCACAAACACGACACCACCCUCUCCAAGAGCUGAUGGCCGUUGAAUACAGACAAGAACCAACUCUCCAGAUUAAUGUGCUGCAGGUCUACACCAAUCCCACCCCUUAGAAAGCUAAUGCCUCCAGACAUUCACAGUGACCUUGUGUUUCUUCAUCUUUGUUUUCUCCCUAGGUCUCCUCUGAGUGUUAAAUGUAACCCAGUGUCAUAGGAACAAAUUCAACUAGAAUCAGAAGGGAUUUGUAUUUUAGAGCCUUUUUUAUAACUUUGUGAAGUCAGAUUGUAUUGUAAUGUUUCCAUUUGGCUCACAUGGACCUCCAAUUUACCGUAUUAAAAGUAAUUCCCUGUUAAA